CGCACGCACGCUCCGACGAUAUUCGCUUUAGUCGAGUCUUGCUUUUCGUCCGCGCGCCAACUGUAUAAACGUAGCUUGAAGAAAUGUCGUGCGACGUUGAGAAAGGUACUGUACCAGAAAGUACAGAAAACGAUCAUUUGUUAGAGAAUCGUAACGAUAUCCGUAUGACAUCCUGUUCAAUUCUACCGGAACAGAGUGCUCAAAGGCAUCAUCAUCAUCAUCAUCAUCAUCAUCAUCAUCAUCAUCAUCGACGUCAAGCACGAUAUCAGCAUGAUAAUUGUAGAAGCAUAUCGACCUAUGAGAAAUCGAAUCGAAACGGGCCAUUCGGGAUCGUUGAUGGUUCGAGUCACGAUGUCAUCUCAGGAACUCUUCCAUCGAUCGUCGUCAGCGACGUAGACGAGAACGACGAGGAUCCACCGCCUUACAGCGCGAUUGUGCCACCGGAUCACGUCGGCUGGCCGUUCGUCUUCUCGACCCACAUCCCGUAUUCUGUGCACGCUACGCAACCCUGCAUAACAGAGCCGCCUUUGGCGCCCUUCCAGAUACCACCACCACCAUCACCAAUUUUACCACUACCACCACCAUCACCAUCACUACCACUAGCAUCAACAUCAACGGUACAACAAUCCUCCUCCCUUCAACAACCCCCAACGACUCACCGACUCGAAACUCCUUCCCUCGAUCGCACCACCCCAACCCUAUCUUUAACGCCUUAUCGGUUCUUCAAGUUUGACUCGCACCGAUCCAUCAUACACCAUCGUUCUUCGAUCUUUACCGAUAACGUAUCCACGGGCAAAGAGGUCCAACGGAGAUCACGAAAAUAUGGAGGAAUCUUAAUCGCGGCUGCCGUUAUUGUUUUUCUUAUGGUAUUGUCUUUGAUGGUUAGAUUUGUUAUGGAAAGAAGUUUACGGCGACGAUAGCGAUUACUAAUCCGGAAAAAUAAAUCCAGACGAAUGUCAUAGACAGAAAAUAAGAAGAAAAUCAUCGCAUUUCUCUGUGAGUCUUCAAAGAUCAGCUAUAAAAGGUCAUCGAAAAAUACACAUGUAUAUAAAUUGACGCUUCGAAAUUACGUGAUACAGAAAAUACAUUUCAAUGAUAUGUUGUUUCUGCUUUUGUAAUUUUUUGUUUUUUUUUUCAUGGCUAAAACAAUCAAAAACGAAAUUCGAUAAAUUUAUGAUUAUAUUUUUCUAUGUCAACGAUCUAAUAUAAUACAAUUAAACUAUA